CAUUUUAUUUUAUUUUAUUUUUUUUUUAAAUUUAAUUUAAUUUAAUUUUUUUUAAUAUUACGCCAAAUUUUUACAGUGUCCAACUGGUUUCAAUUGUUGCAUUUAAUGAAUUAUCUCCAAUUGAAAUUUUUGCCGCCACUAUCUUUUCAUUUUCAAAAUAAGCGCCAGACAGUGAGCACGUACCAUGCAGUAAACAUCGCCACGGGCUGUAUACUCGCUGUAUAAAUUUGUUGUUGCGAUUUCCGAGGGAGGAUUCGACUGCAUUUGUCGCGAGAACUAGGACGAAGUAGUGAGAGAGUAAAUCAUGCAAUAUUUUUGCUCUCCGCAGCCAGGCUUUUACCUACUGGCGCAUCCCUGUUCACCUGGUCUGCAUGCGAGUAAAGAAACUUGCUGACUGCCAUUUGCCAGUUCAAAACAAAUCCAGACGUUAAAGUGAGCGCACGUACACAGACAGCUGAAUUGUAUUUAUGGCAUAGACGCGCAAAAUUUACAAACAAAACUCCAUUAACUGUUCUUCGAAUUCAAAUAAAGCCCAGAGAAAAAUGGCAGAGCAUGGCAAUAUAAAAGUCUGCUAUCGCAAGCAAAUAACUAAUAUAAAUUAUGAGGCAACGAAUCGGUACGAGCAGAUCAUCAAGUUGAUUAUUCAACGCUUCAAUAUACCGCCCGCACAUGAGGCAGCGCUGCUGAUAUCCACUGAAAACGGCAGAAUAUUCGAAAAACAACAGUUUGAUUAUUUUCUCACGCUCUUCCCGAACCCCAACAUAACAUUCUACAUACGCUACGAUUACAAUCGCGCCAUGAGCCUCUUUUUGCAGUCAACACUGCCGCAAGAGGAAAUGCCAAAUGCAAUAGCAACGGAAGCGAGAGUGUGUGAUGCCCAAGUGAAACAUGAAAAAGUGAAUCGCGCCAAUGAGGACGAUCAAAGUUCAAUUAAAUUCACACCUGUGUAUCGUAUGAAUUGUUUCAUUUACGAAUAUCCAACUAAACUUAAAUCGGUGAAUGGCAGCGGUGUUAAGAAACGGAAGCCGAGCAUAGAGAAGCGUUCGCCGCGUAGCGAAUUUGUGAAGCGGGUGAAGAAGCGCUUGCAAAUUGGUGAAAUGAAGAAGCAUUCAAUUAAACCUUUGCAACAAAUAAAACGCUUUAUGCGGCUGUGAUCGAGCGUCUAGUACGAAGGCUUAAAGCCAGCGUAAAACUUUGAGUUAUUAUUUAUGAAGAAAAUCGAAUAAUUUCAAUUUAGGCAAACUGGAAGUUAUACAUACAUAUAUUAUUUUACUGUGUAUACGACGUUUUUUUAUUUAUAAUAUUUAUUACUAGUAUUAAAAUAAAUUUAGAUAAUGAACUGAUAUAAUCAUAUACUCCUCAAAA